CCGCACAGCUCCUCCUCGCACUGGGUAGCGGAGUGCGGGGGAGGCGCGUGGUGAACAUUCACCACGCGGCUCCCCUCGAGUACUCAGCAAGGCGCAGUCGCAGUCCAAACCGCGCGGAGUUGUUCAUCGUUAAUGGUUAAACUGGGCAGCGACAGCGCCCCCCCCCCCCCCUGACACCCCCUGACACCCCCUGGGGGAGACAUCGAGUCCAUGGGGGGCGGAACCAAGAGUCGAACCUCGACAUAAAGCCUCCGCGACCCCGAGGAGACGGGGGAGUUCACGCGCACGUGCCCGCACCUCCACACGUACCCUGUCCGAACACGUUAGGAGGAACAGCAGCAGGAGGAAGAAGCGUGGAGCAAACAGACGCAGACUCGCACGGGAAGAUGGAGGCUGGAAAAUCUUAUGAUUGUAAGAUGGAGGCUGUGAAGUUCCUCAAGACCUACAAGAAGCUUCUCAUCGUCGUGCUGGUGCCCUUGCUGGCGCUGCCGCUCCCCAUCGUGCUGCCCUACUCGGAGGCGCACUGCGGCUAUGUGCUCAUCAUCACCGCCGUCUUCUGGAUCACCGAGGCGCUCCCUCUGCCCGUCACGGGCUUCGUGCCGCUCUUCCUCUUCCCGCUGCUCGGGGUCGCAAAGUCCGGAGACGUGGCCAUGCAGUACUUCAAGGACGCCACCUUCCUCUACCUGGGCGUCAUGUUCAUCGCGGCCGCGAUCGAGUACUGGGACCUCCAUCGUCGCAUCGCUCUCCGCAUGAUCAUGCUCGUGGGACUCAAGCCCAUCUGGUUGAUGCUGGGGUUCAUGGGGACCUCGGCUUUCCUCUCCAUGUGGAUCAACAACAGCUCGACCACGGCGAUGAUGAUUCCCAUUGUGGAGGCGGUGCUCACCACGCUCUUGGGCGCCAAGGAGAGCGUCGCCAAGGGGUGCGGGGAUGGCGCCACGCACGAACCAAGCGGCGACGACAAUAAGGACGCGGAGCCCUUGCCCGCAAAGGAAGACAUCGCUACGCACGGCGGCUUCAACGUCGACGAAGUCUCCACCAGCGCCGUCGACGACGACGACGACGACGGCGGCGCCUCCGUCAGCGCCGCGGUGGACAAAGACCUCGAGGCGGCCACGAGCGCCGCCUCCAAGGAGAGUCGGAGGGACGACCUCAUGGCCCGCGGCCUGUCGCUGAGCAUCGCGUACGCGGCCAACAUCGGCGGCGUGGCCACGCUCACGGGGACCUCCACCAACCUGGUGUUCGUGGAGCAGAUGGAGCAGAAAUACCCCGAGUGCAACUGCAUCAACUUCGGGUCGUGGAUGGCGUUCGCGCUCCCCUGCGCCAUCAUCUUCGUCUUCAUUGCGUGGUUCUGGAUCGCGUGGAUGUUCGUAGGUUUCCAGGAUCUGUUUGCAUGCAAGAAGAAGAAGACGGCGAACGAGAAGAGGGCGGAGAAGCUCAUCCGCCGCGAGUACGAGAAGCUGGGCAACACCAGCUACCCCGAGGCGUGCGUCCUCUUCAUCUUCGUGCUCAUGGCUCUGCUGUGGCUCACCAAGGAUCCUGGAUUCAUGCCCGGGUGGGCCAUCAUCUUCGGGCACUACAAGUCGUACGUGUCGGACACCACGGUGGCCGUGACCGUGGGAUUCCUACUCUUCGUGUGGCCGUCCCACACCCCCUCCUUCAUCCAGCAAUACUUCCCCGGCCCCCCGAUUGAUCCCAACAAGCCCCCCGUGAUUCACCCCGCCACGCUCAUGGACUGGAAGACGUUCAACCGCGGAAUGUCGUGGGGGGUCUGCUUCCUCAUCGGGGGGGGCUUCGCCCUCGCAGAGGGGGCCGAGGUGUCUGGGCUGUCCACGUGGAUGGCGGCCCAGCUGGAGCCGCUCAAGGUACUACCCGGCUGGGCCAUCUCCAUCAUCUGCUCCAUGUUGAUCUGCGCCUUCACGCAGUGCGCCAGCAACCUGGCCACGGUGACGCUCUUCCUGCCCAUCCUCUCCUCCCUGGCGGAGGCGAUCUCCGUGAACCCCAUUUACCUGAUGCUCCCCGCCACCAUGUGCGCCACCUUCGCCUUCGUGCUGCCCGUCGCCACCCCUCCCAACGCCAUCGUCUUCUCGUACGGACGCAUCAAGGUCAUGGACAUGGUCAAAUGUGGCGUGGUGCUCAGCUUCCUUGGCGUCGCUCUCGUGGCGAUGGCCGUGAACACGUGGGGUAUCCCCCUCUUCGACGUCCUCGUCUACCCCGAGUGGGCACCCAACCGCACACAGCCCUCCCUGUCGCUCACCACGAUGGUCCCGACCUCGCCGUUCCAACUCUGAGCCCCGGCCUAGAGCCGAGCGGGUCGAGGGGGGGCUGGAGGAGGAGGUGUGGACACUCUGCACACUUGGUCUCCUCCUCUUCCCCCAAGAAGAGGAGUAGUUGUAGCAGGAGGAGUACACUUCCUUAUUGAGCCCCUCCUCCUCUGGCUUGAACACGCACUUCUUUAGAACUGCUUGCUGUGUUUAGUUUGUUGUCCUUCCACCGCACCGUUUAACACGGUUGGCUGCGUACGGUGCGAAAGAAGUUCAACAUACGUACGUACAAGCAGAGAAGGUGUAGGAGGAGCAGGAGGAGGACACUUCCUUACUGAGCCUCUUCCACUCUCUCGGUGGACACUAUCAUGGCUUCAUGUCGAACCGGUCAGCGGCACAAAAAAUGCAGUUCAGGACCCAGCACACCACAUCGAGUAGACAUCUCGCUACGGCUGCUUGCCACACACGUACUCCGUGUCUCCCAGCAAUCUGGACAAUAGUCCUUGAGAAAUUACGCCCUGGUCACGAACCAUGACGCCUCGAACUGGGCAAUUCCCGGCCACCAGGCAAUUACAGAUUGCAGAUGAUUGAGCAGCUUUGGACAACUGGGUGAUUGUUUUCCCCCAGGUUGUGCAAAUACAUCCUGAUGAAGGGAAAACUUAAAAACACAUGGAAAUUAUUGGCAAUGUCACGUGAUUGGGAAAUUCUAGGCAACUUGCCAGCUUUCAAGGACUAGGCAACUCCAGAUGGUGACUAGGCAGCUUCAGAUGAUGGGGAAUCUACAGGUGACUGGACAGUUAAAGGCAACCGAGCAACCCCAGAGAAUAACGAAGCAACUCUUUGGACGAUUUAUCAACUCUAGUUGACUGGGCCAUGCAAGGUGCCCGACCAGGCUCAGAAAACUGUAAAACUCUAGUUGACUGGGAAACUUUAGAUGGCUGGGCAACUUCACCAUUAGACAACUCAAGAUAAGGAAACCUCAGACAUGUUGGGCAACUCCAAAUGACAGCAACUUUCCACCAGGCAAAUAAUUUCCCAGAAUACCUGGUCUGUUGUAGUCCGGCACUCACCAUACCACGUUUUAUUUUUCUCUCAGUGAGAUUCUAUUUUUUAUAUCACCGUCAAGAUACGAAGAAAUGUACUCGAAAGCAGUGCGCCUUGCUGUGUUCGGGAACGACCUCGAAGCGGACAUCACAGAACUACUUCUGAGAUGCCUUCAUUAGCCUCUCAACCGCACCGGGUGGCGAUGCGCUGCCUCGCACGCCCUGCUAGGGCGCGUGCAAUCCGCAUCCCAACCAAACGUUUGCGUUUCAUUCAGACCUCGGGAUCAGAGCCCGACUAAAGCGAAUAACCAAAUUAACACCAUGGGCUUGUUACUGCUCAAUCAUUUGUGACCGGGCUGAGCCUGUCACCUCGCUAGACUUGGGGACCCAGUAUUGCUGAAAUUGACCCCAAGACCGCUUCCACGUUAUGUAUAUACAGAAUAUAAUAUAUACUAUUAUAUAAAUACUAUUGUCUAAACAAUAUCUAACGUUGUCAUAAAGUGGCCCUCUCAAGGGGGCGAAGGCUGCCACACCGCCGGUGCAAUGGUCCCCACACUGGACUCACAACCCAGAGGUCAGCGGUUCGAUUCCUUCUCGGCGCGGCAAUAAAAGCACCGUGCACGCAG